AUGUUUCGUCGACCGGAAGAUGUGGGGCUUAAGCGGACGCGAUUGACCGACUCCAGGCCGCUGCGUCAUCUUCUCGUGACGGGUGGCCUUGGGUUUAUUGGGAGCAACUUCAUCAACCACUUCAUGCGGGCACAGACGGAGGUGCACGUGUACAAUUUUGACAAGGUGGACUACUGCAGCAGCUUCAAGUCCAUUGAGGACCCGUGUAAUCCCCGCUAUCACUUUAUUCGCGGGAACCUUACCAACGCGGAUCUGCUGAUACAUGUACUCCGACAGUACGACAUUGACACCAUCAUUAACUUUGCGGCGCAGAGCCACGUCGACAACAGCUUUGGUAAUAGCCUUUCCUUUACGUACAAUAACGUCUUAGGAACGCAUGUGCUGCUUGAGUGUGCGCGGACAUAUGGCAAGAUUGAGAAGUUUAUUCACGUCAGCACAGAUGAGGUGUACGGACAGGUCACAGACUCCAAAAAGGAGGAGGGCACACUAAAUCCAACAAAUCCGUACGCUGCGACAAAGGCGGCGGUGGAGUACAUCGUUAAGUCGUACCAUAUAUCGUUUGGGCUACCUUGCAUUAUCACCCGGGGAAAUAACGUGUACGGGCCGUAUCAGUAUCCAGAGAAGGUUAUACCUCGAUUUAUUAUGCUUAUGAAUGCGGGGAAGAAAUUGACUAUUCAAGGCAAUGGUAGCAAUAAACGUGCGUUUAUACACGCAAGUGAUGUGGUGCGGGCGUUUAUUAUAAUUCUUAACCAUGGACUCAUUGGCGACGUGUACAACAUCGGAUCUCAUGACGAGAAGAGUGUCUUGGAGCUCGCCCGCAUGACUGUCAAGUAUAUGGGACCGCACGUGUGUGAAGGGACACAGCAGCCACCGGACCCCACAGAAGAGGAGCUGUCCAAGCACCUUGUGUUUGUGAAGGACCGUGACUUUAACGACGAGCGCUACAACAUCAGCAACGAAAAGCUGCAGGAGUUGGGCUGGCGGCAGGAGGUGGAGUUCGAGCAGGGGUAUAGAGCGACGGUGGCGUGGUACAAGGAGGCAUUUGCCCAGAACUUCUGGGAAAACCUGCGCUGGGACAUCCCGGAUGCCUGCGCACCGCACAGUGAUGAGUUGGAGCUUUUGUCCUCUUUUUUCUGA